GACUUUGACCAUCUCCCAUGGUACCGCAAGCCCUCCAUCUACUUUGUCCUGGCACCCUUCUUCGUCAUGACGCUGGCAUUCGGUGCCAUCAUAUCCCCGAGAAUCAAUCUCAUUCUCAACCUCGUCUGUCGCGAAUACAUGUCCGAGCAGCAGGCAAAGAAUCCUGAUCAAUCUUUCCUGCCCAUCUUGUUCAAUGGCGAGAAUCCCCAGUGCAGAUCUCCAGAGGUUCAGGCCCGAGUUGCACAAUUCACCCUGUACGGAAACCUCAUAGCUGGACUUCUUUCCGCCAUCACCAGCCCCAAGCUGGGUGCUCUUUCUGAUCGACUGGGCCGCACAAAGAUACUCGCCUUGACAAGCAUGGGUAUCAUUGCGGGUGAUGCUCUCAUCAUCAUGGCUGCUACCAAGCCCGAGACUUUCCCUGUGAAUUGGAUUCUGGUUGGUUAUGCUCUCGAUGGCCUGUCUGGUUCCUUUACCGCCGCCAUGGCCAUUGCGAACGCUUAUGCUACUGAUUGCACCCCUCCGGCGCGUCGCAACAUUUCCUUCGGCUAUCUCCAUGGCUGUCUCUUCACGGGCAUCGCUCUGGGACCCAUCCUAGGAGGACUUAUUGUCAAGGCCACAGGAAAGAUCUUGUCUAUCUUCUAUGCUUCGCUUGCUGUGCACGCACUAUUCAUCCUCUUCAUCGCCUUCUGUGUCCCAGAGUCUCUUUCGAAACGUCGCCAGCAAGCUGCUCAGGAGAAGCACCGCGAAGACAAAGCUCAAACGGGUUCCUCCGACUGGAUCGAUCGAGUCCGAGCCGUCAACAUCUUGGAGCCGCUCAAGAUUUUGUGGCCCACCGGUGAAGGUUCUUCGCCCGCUCUAAGACGCAAUCUUGUGCUCUUGGCUGCUGUCGACACCAUCUUGUUUGGUGUUGCAAUGGGAAGCAUGACGAUAAUCAUCAUCUACGCGCGAUACCAGUUCAAUUGGGAAUCUUUUGAGUCCAGCAUAUUCAUGUCUAUUGUCAACACUUGCAGGGUCACGUGCCUCAUCAUCGUCUUACCGCUGGUCACACGCUAUGUUCGCGGCAAGGCAAGCGCGACCAAGCAGCGUAGCUCGGGAAGUGAUUCCUUCGAUCUUACCGUUGUCCGCGUUGCGGUUUUCUUCGAUACCCUGGGAUAUCUUGGGUACACCCUUGCUCGCACCGGACCGCUGAUGAUUCUAUCCGGCAGCAUAGCAAGCGUCGGAGGAAUUGGCUCGCCUACGCUUCAGUCAGCGCUCACCAAACAUGUACCACAUGAUAAGACUGGCCAACUACUUGGCGCGUCUGGGCUGUUGCAUGCCCUGGCCCGAGUCAUCGCUCCAACAAUCUUCAAUGCUAUAUACUCGGCCACUGUUGGAAAGUUUACGCAGACCGUAUUUGUCUGCCUUACCGCCACCUUCGGUCUGGCAUUUGUGCUCAGCUUCUUCAUCCGACCA